GGUGGGGAAAUUCUAGCAGUGUGUCUCCGCUAAGAGGAAGUGUCAGUGAGCAGAGCAAAAUAGAGGAGGAAAAUUAGAGAAAUCCAGAGAAAAUACCCUAAAUUAGCACCUGAUCCGACUGUAUUUGCAUAUAAAUUACUGUGGAGUACAUCAUGCAAGUGUGAUAUAGCCGAAUAAUGGUGUCAGCUCAAACUCAUUCCUGAGCACAAUGUUCUUCACGCUUCACGAUGGGGGCACGCCCGUGAGGGUGGAGUACGGCAGCGGAAGGGAGUACGCCCUGCGGCUGUGCGCGGUGAAGAAUCGCGUGUGUGUGCUCACGUCUAAGCUGGAGCUGCUGUGUGGGGAUCUGGAGGACAACAGCCGCCUCAGCGUGAGACUCGUGAAGGCGAAUGUCGUGGAUGUGGACAGUGAUGGCAGUGAGAUCUUCAUCGUGGACACGAGUGGCGUUGUGUGGAGCAGCAAGUGGAGUGCAAUUGAGAAGGAGGAGCUCACCUGGCACGAGAUUCCUGUUCCCAAUCCGCGCACCUGCCCGCAUGGGAUGCGCAAUGUGAAUGAGAGCAUCCGCGUGGUGGCUGUGAACUGCAAUCAGGACGGAGUGCUCUUCACCACAUGCAACAGGGAACUGUUUGCGAUGGGGGACUUCGGGGAGAUCGCCAACUGUGACAUUCCGGUGCUGGUGGAGUGCUUCCGCGGCCUGAGGAUCCUGCAAGUGUCCACGGGCGAGAACUUCGCCGUGGUGCUAACUCACAAGCGACUGCACACGGAGCACGGCGGACAGGACAAUGUGAGUGUAGCCAGCGAUGCCAGUGAGGGCUUCCUGUGCGUGGAUUGUCCCAAGUGCGUGCCGGACAUCAAUCACCAUCUCACGGUGCACGGAAAGGCGGGUUGUGGCAUCAGUAAGAGCACCACGGAGACUUCAAUGGCCUCCAGUCCUUGCCUCUCAGACACUUUCGAUGCAGUUGAUGAUCUGGCGUCGUCGGGAGUGGCUGAGGAGACACACAAGAGCUCAGUGGCUCAUUUGAAGAUCCACAAAGACGCCGCCAUCAACUUCCUGCUGGAUCUGUCGCUGUCCAGUGAGGAUUACCUCAUUGAGGCGGGCAAACAAACGAAGUUACUCAAGGAGAACGUCACAAAUAUCACAACGAUGGUGUACGAGGGCGUGCGAACGCUCUCCAGGCACAUGAGCGGCUCGGACAACAACGACACGGUCGUCGAGGAGACGAAUCCCACAGCUGGAGCCCUAGUGAAUGGCGAGACGAGCGUCUCCGAGACAUCCAGCAUCGACUUGGGCAGCACUGUGGAUCUGCACUCAGAGUCUGGCACUGAGGGCAGAGUGGCCAAAUUGGCGCGACUGGGCGGAGCGCUUCUGGCCACAGAAGUCUGGUGCUUCGGCAGCAUCAACCGCGGACAAUUGGGCACAGGUGAUCACAUCAAGAGAGCCCGAAUUAAUGCUGUGCUGGGACUCGGCGGCCAGGGAGUAGUGCGAAUUGACAGUGGGAAGGAGCACAGCUUGGCGCUCACUCUUGACGGAAGGCUGUAUCUCUGGGGAAACAAUCUGCACAAGCAAAUAUCGCGGGAAGACGUUGAGGACUUCAGUUUCCCAAGACGGUUUCAAUUGCUCAGCGACUGUAAUGUGUUGGCGGCGGCUUGUGGCAGUCAACACUCGUCCGUGGUGAUGAAUGACUUGACAGUGCAUGAGCAGAGUGAUCAUCAGGAGGACAACAAGACGUGUGGUGUGUCUCCGUUCACGCCCACGGCCAGAGACAUUGUGGACAGCGAUCCGCCGCCAGGUUCGGUGGAACCUGUGCUGGCGUCUGGCAGUUUCACACUAUUCAAUCAUAUGGUCUUCGGGGCGAUUGCGAAACACCUCACGGCGGAGCAGAAGUUCCUACAGGACUCGCUGGUGGCCUACAAUUGUCUGCUGAAGCCCUUCCUGAAGCGUAUCAGCAACAUCGCGUACAGCCAAAUCUUCGAUGGCCUGUGCCAGAACUACCUUAGCAUCGUGCAUGUGGCGGCGCUGAAUGUGAGGAGUUUGCUGGAGUUUGGCCACGGGAGGAUCACGUGCACAGACAUCGUGGCGCUGAAUAAUUGCCAGGAGAUGAUUGUGAUGUACAGGAGCUACACGAAGCGCUUCUGCGAUGUGAUGUGCAUCAGGGGAUUUCCCACUAUUGAAAUGCUGACGGAGAAGUCAUCGAAAGACAUCCACAAGAUAUUCUUCAGACCCUUCCGGAGGAUUUGGGCCUUUAUAGAUAUGAUCUACGACUUGGUGGCUUUGGAGCCUGUGGAGGCGAAUCGCGAACUGUUGGAUGAGCGACGCGCCAUGUGGGAGAAGUUCUCCAACGAGAAGGAUCUGGCCAUUGAAGAGGCGGAGAGGAGUCUCAGAUUCUGGGAGGUGAAUCAAAAGUCUGCCCUUGCGAAGCUCCAAUCGCCCGAUCGGCGGCUCAUCCUGGAUUCGAAGGAGUUGAGCUUGAAGAGAAGUCAGACGGCGAGAUUCUCCAAUCAGUGGUUCAUUCUCUUCUCUGACUCGCUCUGCUCGAUGUCUGGCCAUCUGAAUGUUUAUCCCCUGAAGACUCUGUGGAUCGCGUCGAUUGCUGACGGAGAGACUCGGAAAUUCGCCCUGAAAAUCGUCACGCCGGAGGAGACGCUCAUUCUGUGUGCGCAGAAUCACGAGAACAAGCUCAUGUGGCUGGAUGGGAUUGAGAGUGGCAUCAGGAAUUGCCUUGGAAGGGUGCCCAAGUCGAAGGUGCCGCAGUAUCGCAAUGCCAGCUACACUUUCAGCGAGAAGCACCCGAGAUUUCCGGGGGCAAAGUAUUUCGGGCGCUGGUAUGUGGGCAGCAUGCAUGGCAUUGGCCAUCUGGAGAUGGCGGACGGAAGGGUGUUCAACGGUCAGAUGAGUGCUGGCGAGAUCCACGGCUACGGGCGAAUGUUCACGCCCAGUGUGGGCAUUUAUGAGGGUGACUUUGAGCAUGGAAAGUACUGUGGGUAUGGCGUGUUGGAACACCAAAACAAGGCCACCUACGAGGGAAACUUCCGAGAUGGCGUGUACCAUGGCCAUGGGACACUCAUCACGGACCAGUUCACGUACGUGGGAGAAUUCAGUGGCGGAUCCAAGCACGGAUACGGAGUGCUGGACGACAAUAUGUCCGGUGACAAAUACAUGGGGAUGUUUGUGGAUGGAAAGCGAGCAGGAUUGGGAGUGUGCGUGACCAUGUGCGGAGAUUACUUCGAGGGGAGCUUCAUCAAUGACGCGCUGGCGGGAGAAGGAGUGGCCAGCUUCGAGAAUAACUCCUACUACGAGGGAGAAAUGACACUGUUCGGACCAAAUGGCCGAGGGAGUUUCUUCGUUGGCGUGAGCGAGCGCAAGAAUAGCGAUUGCCGGAUCGAUUCUGAUGGGGAUUUGAGAGAAAUCGAAGGAUCUGUCCUGGCAGGAAGUCUCUCAGGCACUUGGGCAGACGUGAAAAUCAGUAACGGCACUCUGGCGAUGCAUCAGAUAUUCAGGAAGUACUCAAAACUCCUGGGAAAGUACACGGUGGAGAAUGAGAAGAAGUGGCGGAGUCUGUUUGAUGAUUGGGAGGCGCAAUUGCUCGGCAGUGGUAAGAAUUUGGACAACAAGCAGAUCUGGAGUAAGAUUGCCAUCUUCAUUACGAAUGCCAAGGCGAAGGAUAAGCUGAAGUCUGAGGGAUUCGCCUCGAAGAACAUCUGCUUCUACCACAAGACUGACCUGAGUGGGAGUUUGGACAGGCUGUCCAUCAGGAGUGGCACUGGAUCGUCCAAGAAGGGUCCACUGGAUCUCGGGGAUGUCUUUCAUCCGCUGACAAUGGGAAAGCCCGUGGGAAACUCCACAAUCAUGGAUUUGGGCGCCUUCAGUCAGAAGCUGGAGGAGAAAUUCGAGGCGCUAGACUGUGUCAGUCGAUCGUCGUCGGUGAGGAGCAAGAAUCCCACUCUGGAGUACAUUCCCAACUUUGGCAUCACCAAGUGCGACCCGGAUGACUUGCCAGCGGUCACGGAGUACCUGAAGGAGGCCUUCAAGGACCUCAAUCAUCCGCUGGGUGUGCUGAAUUCCAAGAUAUCGCACUGCUUCUACUCCUCGUACGGCUGCUGGAAGUUCAAGCCCACGGCCAUUCUGCACCGUCAUGCCAUGCAAGAGUGGGAGUCCAUCUGUCGCAGGAUUCACUCGGUCAUUUGCCGCAUGUUUCCCGCACUGCCGGACUCAGGGGCGUCCUUCAGGAGCCUUCUGUACCCCAUUCUGCUGUCCGAGGGCAUCUACUCCCUCCUGUUCGUCCUGUACGCCAGCAAGUGCAGCCACCGUGACGAGAUGUAUCGCCAGCGGAUGAUUGGCUGCGACAGGAAAACGGAUCAGGAGUUGGCGCUCUUCUUGCGCGUUGACACGGAUUUGAUGCCACUGGUGAAGAGCAGUUACUUCGAGGACGCAAUCGGGUGUCUGAAGCAGGUGAAGGACAAGUACUGUCCACUGGAGAUGGUGAGUCUCAUCGAGAAGACAUUCCAGCUGCUGGAGGACGCCAAGACGGAAUCAGUGGGCGCCAGUCUGACCCUCAAUGCUGACAACACAAUUCCGCUGGUGCUAUUACUUGUGCUGCGCGCCAACAUUCAACACUUGGGCGCCGAACUAGCGCUCCUCGAGGAUCUCCUGGGCGGGGACUUCGAGGCGCUGAUGCUGGGCUACACUGGCUACUGCAUCACCACGCUCAAGGCGGCCUAUCAGCACAUCCUCAGCGACAAGUUCUACCAAAACUAACGACAACUGUUGAU